AUGUCUUCAGCCAAACUCGACUUCGAAAUGACGCCCGAGCUCGAAGUGAUCCUUCAGCGAGAACUUCGAGAACCAGGCACCUGGCUACAUCCUUCCAUGAAAUCCGAUACACAAAUGGAUGGUUUUAAGGUGGUUUACAAUGCGGAGAUGACGCUUCCCGAGCCCGAUGAUAAGAAUGGGCUUCUAGCAUGGCUUGGAGUUAACGAGGGCGCUUCCGAGAAAGUAUUAAAAUAUUACGAACGUCUUGUUGCCAAGAAUCCCGAUGGCCGUUUGUACCAAUAUAAAUCAGACACACCAGAAUCUAUCUUGGUUAAUCAUCUUUGCGCCAUCUUUCUUCUCGGUAGGGGCCAGGAAUGGGACUUCGAUGAAGCAGAAGACUUUGGUAUACAAUAUUUUCUGUUUUAUUACAUUUAA